UUGCCUUGGAAGUUCACUGCAUCCACUGCCAGCGAUGUACUGUACAACAUUGGCUUGGACAGUCUUUGCUCAUCAGCUGCUUGUUAGCCCCCCGAAUGGGCAGUAUCUGGUCGGACUGUGUCGUUUCGCACAAUGGGUAGACGUGAUGGGGACAGCAGAGGGGCGAUGAUCACCGGCGCCCGCUCCGAGCUCGUCUUCCGGCAGGACUCUCCUCAGAGGCUGGGCGGGCGCAGUGAAUGCGGGCCGGACGCCGACAUGGAUGCUGCGGGUCGGCCUGCGAUGGAAGUGAAGAAGCACCAGCACAAACAUAACUUGAAACACCGCUAUGAGCUGAUGGAGACGCUGGGGAAGGGAACCUACGGCAAAGUGAAGAAGGCCGUAGACAGAGCAAGCCAGAAAACGGUGGCCAUCAAGACAAUCCGAAAGGAUCGCAUCACUGAAGACAUUGACAGAAUUCACAUCCAGAGGGAGAUUGAGAUAACGUCUUCACUCAUGCACUCCCACAUCAUACGCUUCCUCGAAGUGUUUGAGAGCCAUGAUAAGAUUGUGAUAGUGAUGGAGUACGCCAGCAGGGGAGAGCUGUACGAUUACAUUCUGGAAAAGAGGAAGCUUUCGGAAACAGAAGCCCGAAGCAUCUUCCGGCAAAUAACGUCAGCUGUCCAUUACUGUCACAAGAAUGGUGUUGUGCAUAGAGACCUUAAGCUGGAGAACAUCCUUUUGGAUCAAGAUUUCAAUGUUAAGCUUGCUGACUUUGGCCUUUCCAAUCAGUACCAGAGAGGCACUCUGCUCCAGACGUUCUGUGGAAGUCCACUCUAUGCGGCCCCAGAAAUUGUGACUGGGCUGCCCUACGAGGGACCAGAGGUGGACUGCUGGGCACUAGGUGUGUUGUUGUAUGCGCUUGUAUAUAGCAGCAUGCCAUUUGAUGGGGCCAGUCAUUCCAAGCUUAAAGAGCAGAUUUGCCAAGGUCGCUAUCGAAGACCCAACCUUCCUUCAGACGCCUGCGCGCUUAUCGACUGGUUGCUGACAGUGCGUGUGGAUGAGAGGGCCACGAUCGAGGAUGUAGCCAAUCAUUGGUGGGUGAACUGGGGAUACGAGGAGAGUGUAUGUGACUGCACACCAACAGCACACCCAGACUGUCCCUCCCCCUUGUUGGCUCGCUACAUAGACUGGCAGAAUCGGGUUGUCAGCAGUUUGGCCUCAGAGCCUGGUUGCCUUGCUGUGGAAUCCAACCGCCAACCACUUAACCGUCAUUACUUUAGCUUGCCUCAUAGGGCUGAGAGAGGGGGAAGAGUUCGAGGAGGAAUGUCCACCGUCAGAAAAUCUCCCAAGGAGAAUACCAUUGCACAGACUACACAAGGAGCAUGUGGUGGAUCAGCAUUUGCCUGCGCAGCGCUGUCCCUCACCUCCACCUCUGAGAGAAAGAAACCCAAAAGUAUUCUUAAACACCAGAGGAGUUUUGAGUCUGUUUUGCACAGCUCUUCCAAAGAUAGUCGACCCCCAUGCACCGUUGAUCCCCAACUUUAUCAAACACAUGCACUUGGUGAGGUUCUGUCUGCCAAUCUGCAAUCUCCCUAUACAUUUACACAGCCUUCCUCUAAAAUGCCUAAAAAGGGCAUUCUUAAGAACAUGUAUGAAGGGGAGUCAGUAGUCAUCUCCUCAGUAGGUAGAGAGUCCAGAGAGAGUGAUGCGAGAGAUGCCCGAUUGAAAAAACAGCACACAUUAGUCCCAGCAACAGACGACAGUCCAACCAUGCACCCAGGAGCUGUGAGAAGACGGAAGGGUAUUCUCAAACGUAACGGCAAAUUCUCACGCAGCCUGGACCUUCCAGACGAACAGAGUUUACCACCACCUUCCGAUCAGACAUUCCCAGAUACUUUGCAGCAGUUCCUCCAGGCUAAAAUGGGAAUAGAUGACCACCACAGCCGUCCUUCCAGCGUCAUGAGCGAAGACAGCCUUUUCUCCAGUGACUCCUUUGACUUGCUGGAUCUUAGCACGCAGUCACAACGCAGUUUUUUUCCCCAUGGAGUGCAGCACAGUGCAUGUAGCUCAGAGGAGGACCUGAGAGGUGAAACAUGUCAAAGUGAAGGAUGUGAGGCUAGUUGGUGAUGACACACUUCAAUGUGGUGGCUAAUUUAAAGACUUUAUCGGGAAAUGAUAGAUUUGUUUCAAAAUACAAUGUACGUAUAUGAUUGAAGACUAUGGAACUGCAUUUGGGUGAUUUACAUUAGAAAAUCACUUUUUUCUGGACAUAUUGGACUUCGUUGAACGCCGAAUAGGUCACUGUCGAGUCCACUGUACUUUCCAUGAAGGCACUUAGUUCAGUGACUCUACGGUCAAGUGACACUUUAUGAUGGAGUUCUCGAGAUGGGUCUCAAUUUAGUAGCAAGACGUUUUCCAACCAGUUGCACUGCUGCUCUCUUUGUUUAGAGAUGUAUAUCUAAUUCCUGUGUGGCUAUGCAUGUACUAGUACAACAUACAGUGUAUUACAAAAGUGAGUACACCCCUCGCAUUUCUGCAGAUAUUUAAGUAUAUCUUUUCAUGGGACAACA